UGUCAGUUCUGUCACUAGUGUCAUUACCAUUUGUCUGUUAUGGUUAUGUCAUAGACAAUUUAUUUGUUCUGUUAUAAUAUAAAAAAGUAAUUAAAAAAAAGGACUAAUAUCUUACAGACAACAGCUAGUCCCAUACAAUGGCUUCUGUAUCAGGUCGAGCUAGCAUGGGUUUACUCAAAAGAGGUUGGAAUGAAAUUCCAGACAUUAUUGGCAGUGGUAUAAUGGGUUUAAUUGGUAUUGCAAUGGCUACUGGAAGUGUAUUCUACUACUACAACGCUAUAGACGGAGAUAAUAGAAGAUAUAAAGAGAAAUACACUGUUAUUCGUCAUGAUGAUCCAAGGGCAGAAAAAGUAAGAACAGAUUAUUUAGGAGAUCAGUAAAAUCACAAGAUUAUUAAUAUACGUUUUAUUGUAGUACCUCUGUUUUCGUUUAAUAAAUAAUUUACUCAG